AUGCCGACAACAAAAGAAUUGCCGGCAAUUGAGCACAUGCCAAAAGGAUUCUUCUAUUUUGCCGUUUCAUCUGUUGCUUUUCUGGGUUUCUUCGGGACCUUCUGCAACAUAUUUUUGUUCUUCAAGUUUGCCACCUCUUGGAAAACACUGAAUGGAUUCAAAAAGCUUUGUUUCAUGAAAACUAUUGCAAAUUCAAUAGUUUGCUGCUCAUUCUUAUUUUUUGCUGUUCCUGUUAUAUGUGCUACUCUCACAUUUAGUCAGGUUAAUUACUAUCUGAAUCGAACGAUGGGAAUGGUGUCCCCUUUAUGGUCAUACAUUUUGAAUACCUUAAUUCCUAUCUGCUUGUCAUGUAAUCGGUUUUAUUUUUUAUAUUUCCCAUUUGGUAUUAAACGUUUUCGAACAACUUCUGCAAUCAAUUGGGCAAUUUUAAUAUGUAUAAUCUUUGACACUGCUCUUGCCAUCUUUUCAAUUCCAGAAGGAUGCGGCUUUGUUUUUGACCCGAAUUUAUUCAUUUGGAGAAGUGAACUAUAUCCAUGUGCCCUGGACAGAUCGGAAUAUCUUCCAUAUAUCAAUUUUAGUGCCACAAUAAUUACCAAUUUUUUCAAUAUUGCGAUAGUUAUUCGUUUGUUAAGCAUGAGUAAUAGUGGCGUAAAUGCCGAAGAAUCGAGGGCAAGAAGAAAACGUUGGAUGGUGAAUUUUACACAGUGUGUAAUCCAAGAUAGUCUCCAAUUAUUCGACACAAUCAAUGCCUACUACAUGUGGAGAUUUUAUGACGCUGCUUGGUAUCGUUUCCUAUUCGCAACAUUAUCGUUUAUUUUAGUAUCUGCGCUUGAUGGAUUUGUAAUGUUUAUUUAUCAUCAGGAAUGUCUGAAAUUGAUAACAUUAAAGUGGAAAAGCACAACUGUUGAACCUUCUCCUGUAAAUUCCCUGCCAAGUGGUCAUAGAACUCUAAUUGAAUAA